CCCACCAUUUGUAUAUAUUUCGUCGUUCGAGUCUCGGUGUCAGCUCAGCUCAUCGUCAGCCACUUAUCGUCUCUUCGAGCACGACAAAUCCCUAAUCCACACACUGCAUAUUUUUCUGCAUAUACUAUACUAUAUAUACAUACUAUAUACAUACAGAAUAUAUAAUAUUCUAUAUAUCAUAACGCCAAACGCGUAUACACAGCACAGAGUGUAUUGAUUUGAUUCCGCUGAUCGAUUUACGAAGCGCGUCUUGCGAUGAAUUGCAACGGUGUGGCCGCCGACGGCGAAAACGGCGGCGUUUUGGCGUCGCAUGCACAGCCGGAGAAGCUCAUUAUCGAUACUGAUCCUGGAAUCGAUGAUAGCAUGGCCAUCUUCAUGGCGUUUCAAAAUCCAGGGUUGGAAGUCUUGGGCUUGACAACAAUUUUUGGUAAUGUUACCACGGAAGACGCCACCCGGAAUGCAUUGCUUCUGUGUGAGAUAGCACGGCGUCCAGAUGUGCCCGUGGCGAAGGGCAGUCCUGAGCCUCUGAAGGGUGGAGAGCCACGUAUUGCUGAUUUUAUACAUGGUUCUGAUGGUUUGGGGAAUUUGUUCCUACCUUCUCCAAAAUCAAAGAAAAGUGAAAAGAGUGCUGCUGAAUUCUUAGUUGAUAAAGUCUCUGAAUAUCCUGGAGAAGUAUCAAUUCUUGCACUGGGCCCCCUCACGAACAUAGCUUUGGCAAUCAAAAGGGAUUCUUCCUUUGCCAAAAAGUUGAAGAGACUAGUAAUACUUGGUGGUGCUUUCUUUGCUUUGGGAAAUGUAAACCCCGCUGCUGAAGCAAAUAUAUAUGGGGACCCAGAAGCAGCAGAUAUUGUGUUUACAUCAGGGGCUAACAUUGAUGUCGUUGGAAUAAACAUUACAACCCAAGUUAUGUUUACAGAUGCUGACCUCCUUGAUUUGAGGCAAUCCAACGGAAAGCAUACAAAAAUCUUAUGCGACAUGUGCAAAUUCUACAGAGACUGGCAUGUGAAGUCUGAUGGUGUUUAUGGUAUUUUUCUUCAUGACCCAGUUAGCUUUGUGGCACUGGUUCGACCUGAUCUCUUUACAUUCAAGAAGGGGGUCGUCAGGGUCGAAACUCAAGGCAUAUGUAUAGGGCAUACAUUAAUGGAUCAAGGACUCAAAAAAUGGAAUUCCAGCAACCCAUGGUCAGACUAUCCCCCCGUCUCUGUUGCAUGCACAGUGAAUGUGGAUGAAGUUGUCAGUUAUAUCAAAAAUAUAUUAUUGACUCCAUGAGAGCCUUAGGUGGCGAACUCGGGAAUGAAGUUUGGGAUACAUCUGCCGAAAUUUCCUUUGUGGCUUCUGUAGCUUCUUUCCCUUAAUGCUGGGCAUGGGGCGCAAUGGAGUUCGGUGCGAAGAGCAAGCUAUCUGUGAAUUCUUCCCCUUGUUUAUUUUUAACUUGUAAAGAACAUUUCAAGAAUGAUGUUCAAGUUUGCACGAUAAUGAACAAAUUUAGUGCAUUCCUAUGCAUAAAUUGAACUUGUGUCUUUUCCUUUUAUAAGUUGUGAAGAGAAAUUAAUUCUGGCAUUUGAAAACCACAUGCCAGUGUAUAAGCCUAUCAA